AGGUCCUGCCGUGUGAGAUUCCCUCUUUUCACCGCAGUUUGAGAAUUCAAGCUUGUUGUAGAGGGUAAGGGGUGGAGUUUCGCAGGCGAUUUGCAAUCCUGCAAGUGAUUCAACGGAGUACAGAGUUUCUAUUGAAACGGUGCCGAAAACCUCAGUGGAUUGACAGUCGUUGUCUGGAACUGGGCUAAUCACCACUCGUCUCUUGUGACGGGUUGAAUUUUUUUUUUGGGGGGGGGGGGCGUCUGGGGGUGUUUGGAGCGUAGUUUCUCAGGAGUUUCGGCAGACUGGAUGCCGGAAAUGGUGUUCUUUCUUGUCAAAUUACCCACCACCCUGUAGUAGCUUGUCCCCAAGGUUUUGGAGGGUUCCCUAUAUGGUGGAUUGAUUUUGACAUAUAUUUCUGAUUUGGGCUUAAUAGCAAAGUCACAAAUGUCAUUGCUGGCAUAUGGACAGGGCAUGCUUGCGGGUGACAUAGGGGUGGGAGCAGGACUGACUGAGCCUUGGGCCAGCAGAGAGCCUCACUAUUUAUGGAGUGGAGAGAGUUUGAUGGAUACUGAGAGGGAGUCAGACUUCUCCAGCGCCCACAGUGAAACCCCGGUGAAUUUCCUUGUGGGAGGCCACCACUUUCUGAGCUUGCUUGCAGAAGGGGCACCUGAGGAUCUGGUGCAGGAAGACCCCGAAACCCCCAGACCUAUACGGAGAGAGCUCCAUUGGGAUUCCCCUCCGCAGUCACCAGGUGCAGUGUUCGUCCAUCUGCCGUUCUCCGUGUUGCAAAUCGUCACCACCUCAUCGAAGGCAGAUCUCGUGGCGGUGGGAAUUGUACAGCGAAACGCGGAACGUCUCGUGGAGACUCUACUCUCGGUACCGAAACAUUUGAGCACGGGUUUGAGUUUUCCGGAUCUGUUUGAGUUUUCGCCCGAGCUUCAUGCUCGCGUGAACGGGAUAGUGGAGCAUGUGGACGGGUCCAUGCUUCCUGUGGAUUUUACAGAGAUCCUUGGAAAGCAGCCAGAGGCAUUCCUUGGGCGCCACUUCAAGUUGGAAGCUUACGAAGGCAUCUUCUUUGGGUUGUGGAUGGACAGGUCGAAGAUUCCCGCGACAGCGGAGACCAUUUUCGCUGAGGCCGUGCAGUCACUGCCCAUGCUGCUUGCAACACGAAUCGAGGCACGCAAGUAUGAACGCCUCGGGAAACGCUUUGAUGCAAUCUUGAGGAUGAUGCCUCAAGCUGUAGUGUUCGUGGAUGACGAAUUUGGACAAGUUUUGAUUAAUCCUGCCGCGGCCACUUUACUAGAGCUACCAAGUCAUGGUGAAGUGGAGCCAUCUAGGGUUGCCGGCGCUAUGAAGAAGCUGGCUGCAAGUAGCGGUGGCAAGCGAACGGAUCCUCAGAAAUGGUACAAGGCGAUCUCGGGAGAGGAGCCUCAAGAAAUCGAGGAGGAGUGGGUGUUGAAAGCACCGCGGCGUGUUCUUCAUGUCCGAUCAUUCCCAGUUAGUAGCAGUUCUGCCCAUGGUCGACUGUGGCUGUAUGAGGAUGUCACAACUGACCGGGAAGCCUGUGAGGCCAUUGAGGCAGCGAAUCGUGCGAAGUCACAGUUUCUGGCCAUGAUGAGCCACGAGCUUCGCACUCCUAUGACGGGUGUGCUUGGGAUGCUGGACCUCCUUCACCUGACGAAACUAGAGCCUCAGCAGCAGGAGCUUGUCAAAAUCAUGCAGGAGUCGGCCGAGGGUCUUAUGCAGGUCAUCAACAACAUUUUGGAUUUCUGUAAAAUGGAAGCCGGCCGACUCUUUCUUGAAGAGAUCGACUUUUCUCUGGGUGACCUUGUGGAGCAGGUUGCAACGUUGUACGAGAAAAAAUUGCAAGAGAAGGGUCUGAGAUUUGUUAUCAACGGAGCGGCAGGUGCUACUGUUGCUGUCCGUGGAGAUCCUGUCCGCCUACGGCAAAUUAUUGUUAAUCUAGUCAGCAAUGCAAUAAAAUUUACAGAAAAGGGGACUAUCACAUUGUCAUGGCGAUAUGUUUCUGGUCCUUCACCUGAAAAUCAGAAACCUCCCGGGACCAGAAUGAAACGAACGGCAAGUGGCAGUCUUCGGUUUAACUACCAACCUCCGACGCCAUAUUUGGCUGGCCCAAUGGCAAGGACAGGAAUGCAAGAUUCGAAGCCUGCAGUUGAGGUGAAAGGAAAAAACCACUAUUUGGAGGUCAAAGUUGCUGAUACCGGUUCUGGCAUCGCGAAGGAGCUGCUUGGGACCUUAUUUACAGCCUCACAGGCUGGGGCACCAAGACGUGACUCCUCUGGAACAGGCCUGGGGCUCGCGAUCUGCAAGGGGUUGCUUGAGCUGAUGAAAGGGAAGAUGUUGCCUGUGAUUAGUGAAAUGGGUAAAGGCACGAUAGUGACGUUUGUGUUGCCACUUCUGCCCGCUGAAGACUCUAGCAAACUCCUACUAGAAGCAUCUUCCACUGACAAGCCUUCUUCCACAAAACCACCUCUGCCACCACCUGGAGCAGUUUGCGCUAAAGAAGAGACGAAGACGAUCAGUGUUUUGGUUGCGGAAGAUAACAAGGUCAACCAGCUUUUGAUUCGGAAAAUCUUCAGACAUUAUGGGCAUGAUGUGGAGUUGGUCAGCAAUGGAAAGCUCGCCGUAGAAGCCGUUCAACGAAAAGCUUAUGAUCUCGUACUCAUGGAUCUUCAGAUGCCCGUUCUUGAUGGACUGAGUGCUACCAGGGCGAUAAGGGCUCUACCCUUGGCGACUUCUAAAGUUCCCAUUUAUGCCCUUUCUGCGGAUGCUUUGGCUCCAGAAAGUGGCCCCAUGGAAGAAACUGGUUUAGAUGGGUAUCUUAGUAAGCCCAUUGUUUGGGAGAGCAUGUCUGGAGUAGUUGAUAAAGUCUUGGCAUCUAAAGGUCAGCAUCGAGCCAAUUAGAUUGACGACGGAAAAACCAUUCAAAGUUUAGGGACUUUUUGAGAUCCAUCCACGAAGACUCCUAUGAAUUUACUGUAAUAGACCCACCGCUGAUAUUUAAGAGGCUAUCUUGCCUUUAAUUAGCUUAUUGGGAGGAGCUGGAUAAUCAUUUGGACCGGCAUUGCGGUAAGACGGCCGACGAUUGUCAGGGAUACAACUAUUAUGUCAGGUAGAUGCCGAAGUUGCGUGGGAUACGAAGUCGAGGACUCAAGGAACAUGGAAUGCUUUCUGAUAAGCAGCAGAUAUAGUCCAGCCAUUUAAGUUCGUAGUUGUGUUGAAGCUACAGCAGAUCAGCACGAAUAAAAGCUCUUAUUCUGAAGGUCAAACGGGGUUUUCUGUUGCUGAUAUUGACUAGCAUUUCAAACCUUGAAGAGACCUUACGGAACGACUGCUUUUAUAGUUAAGGAGAGACGCUGAAGCAAUCGCAUAUUUGGUUGAGGUUGAAGAUGACAUCGUCAUAUUACAGGCUUUGCUACUGCAACAACAACGUGCUUUUUCUGCAGUUGUGGGCACUGGAAGCUUCAUCACUGGAUGGCGAACAUUGUUACGAUUCGCGGCAGUAGAUGUAAAAGCUUUGAAGUCUUUGUAAGGUAUUAGGAGGGUACUCCAGUCUGCUUUUGGAUCUUCCAAUACAGGAAGAUUUUUCUAUUCUCGAAGCAGUAAAUUAUGUUAUCUGCCCUGUGCCAACUUCCCACCAUCUCAUUUUGGGUGCCGCUUACCCUUCUAUUCCUUGGCUUGUACCUAUAUCUAAAGCUUAUUUUAAACCUGGCUCUAACUGGGAUGUAUACUAGAACUUCUUUCUUCAAAACUGAGAAUGCCCAAGUGUCUACCUCCAAGAUGGCAAUUGCAGUGAACCGAAAGUUCUGAGUCAUUAGUCACACGGGCAUCUUCUAAGGCGCGUCGAAGUAAUUGAGUCCUGACCGCUAUUUUCAUAGUGUAAAGGGCAUUGUAGAGCUUUCCAUGUGCUUGCAAGCUGGGUUACAUGGAAAAGCUACUUUGCAGGUACUUUGGAGGGUUGGACUCGAAUGUGUUGGGGCUGGAUUAGUGAAUGCGUUCAGUUGCUGGUCCACCACUUAAACGGCGGACGUGUACAAGACAUUCAGCAUCUUUUGAUGAGGUACUAGAGUCAGCCAUCAGAGAUGGGGCCCAAUCGAAGCUUCGUGGUGCACAUCAGCUGACCCACAAACCAGGGUUCUUUGCUCAGACUCCAAGCUACGUCACUUAUCUGGUCCUUUAGUGCUCUUCUUCUGCGUUCAUCGGAUGCCACUAUUGGCUGUCUUAAAAGCUUGGCUUCAAGAAACUAGAAACAAACUGACAUCCAUUUUAGAAUAUAUCAUGCGUGCGAUAAAAGUU